AUCUGAAACUGACCUUUGGCAUGAACACAGUCAGAAUUCUACGAAUAUGUCCCUACUUGACGAAGAAUCUGGUAAACAACAGAACGCUAGACAUGCACUGUAACCUCACAGAAAUAAUUGAUGAACUGUACCUGGAUGGCAAGUCUGCCGGUUAUAUAUGUUCAGUCUACGUCAGCGGAG